CAGUGAAUCACAACCAUGGACACGCAGCUGCUUCUCGUUUUCUUUAUUCUACAUCUCCUUCUUCUAUGCACGGCGGCGCCGGAGCAUGAAUCUCAGUUCACUAGUGGUAGCAUCGUUUUCGCUACAUAUGGUCGAACAAAUUAUGCCUGGGAUAUCUUUAUGCUCCCAACUUCAGGCCAACCAAAUCCUUUUAAUGAACUUCGGGUUACCGACGGCGAGUCCGUUAACUUCAAUGGCCACUUCCCGUCCGUCUCAUCUUCCUCUAUUCUUUCUCUGUUACACAACCGAAGCCUCAUUCACGUCCCGAAAGCUCCUUCGCCGGCGCUCCAGCUCAUCUAUGUGACGGAACGGAACGGGAUUCCGAAUGUUUACUAUGAUGCGCUUUAUUACGGUGCGCCGCGGACUACUAGAUCGAGAUCGGCGCUUGAAAUUCCCGUUCGAGUUCAGGCCCCUUUGCUGGGUUUAGAAGAGAGCAAGAAUCGGGUUUCGAUGAAAGAUAGGCCGAGUUUGAGUGGACAGAAUUUGAUUUACGUGUCAACUCACGAGGACCCGGGUGAACCCAGGACGAGUUGGGCUGCUGUGUACUCCACUCAUUUAGGGACCGGGUUGACUCGGCGACUCACUCCCUACGGAGUGGCCGAUUUCAGCCCCGCCGUGUCUCCAUCUGGGGUUUGGACGGCUGUUGCUUCGUACGGGGGAGAUGGUUGGGCUGGAGAAGUGGAAGAACUGAGUACUGAUAUUUAUGUUUUCUUAACUCGUGAUGGGAGUCACCGAGUCAAGGUUGUUGAACACGGUGGAUGGCCGUGUUGGGUUGAUGACUCAACUCUGUAUUUCCAUCGGAAAAGUGUAGACCAGUGGAUGAGCGUUUACAAAGCAACUUUCCCUAAAGAUAAACCGAUUUCCACCAACUCAGUGACGAUUCAACGAGUCACACCUCCGGGUCUCCACGCUUUCACCCCAGCUACUUCCCCAGGUAACCACAAGUUCAUAGCAGUAGCUACCAGAAGACGCAAUUCAAAUUUUCGUCACGUAGAGCUGUUUGACACUGUUAAAAACGAGUUUAUUGAGUUAACUCGACAUGUUUCUCCCACAACCCAUCACUUGAACCCGUUUAUAUCACCUGACUCAGCCCGAGUUGGGUACCACAAGUGCAGGGGAGAAAACAAUGGAGGAGAAACUAGAAUAUUAUUGCUUGAAAAUGUUAAAAGCCCAGUGCCAAAUCUCUCUCUUUUCAGAGCCGGCGGUUCAUUCCCCACUUUCUCACCCGCGGGUGACCGAAUAGCCUACGCGGACUUUCCCGGUAUCAAUGUAGCGAACCAGGACGGUUCGAACAUGAGAAAAGUUUUCUCCUGGACCGCAUUUGCAACCGCAUGGGACCCGGUCCGAAAAGGAAUCGUAUACACAAGUGCCGGUCCGUCGUUUGCAAGUGAGAGUACCGAAGUCGAUAUCAUAGCCAUCGAUGUUGAUUCCGUUGACCAACCAAAUUAUAAAAAGUUGACCAUAGACGGUAAAAACAAUGCAUUUCCAUCCCCAUCACCAGAUGGAAAACGAAUUGUGUUUAGAUCGGGUCGAUCGGGUUACAAGAAUUUAUAUAUAAUGGACGCGGUCGAAGGAGAGACGGGUGGGAUCCAAAGAUUAACAAAUGGCCCAUGGACAGAUACAAUGUGUAAUUGGUCUCCGGAUGGUGACUUGAUUGCAUUUGCUUCGGACCGACAUAACCCGGGUUCAGGUAGUUUCGAGAUAUAUCUAAUCCACCCAAACGGCACCGGGGUGAGGAAAUUAAUCAAUAGCAAGUCAUCCGGUCGGACCAACCACCCAUGGUUUAGUCCGGAUGGAAAAUUAAUAGUAUUCACAACGGAUUAUGCGGGGAUAUCAGCUGAGCCAAUCUCGAACCCACAUCAAUUUCAACCAUAUGGUGAGAUAUACGUUAUCAAACCGGACGGUUCGGGCCUGCAGAGGCUGACCCAUAAUUCAUAUGAAGAUGGGACCCCUUCAUGGGCCCCAUUCUACAUAAACCCUGCUGACGUGGAGUCGCCCAGGAGGACCCAGUGUGCUUUUGAGGAUUGCCAUUUUCUGAACAAAAUGCCAGGCCGUGGCACCACCAGGGUGGAACCAUUAGGACUAGCCCAACCCCGGUGUGGUACAUGAUUCAAAAGCACAAUAUUAGGAGUAUAAUAAUGUGGUUUAUAGUAUAGUAAAUGUGUAUGGUGAGAGAAUAAUUUUGAUGCACGAAAUAUUUGUACAUAUAGACUGCACCUACGCCCUGACUAUAUAUUUCAUGUACCUUUUCA